AUGCAUUUAAAAACAAAUAUUCACCUGCUACUUGCCUGUACAUUCGUAACACUUGGUGUCCGCGCAGCAACAACAAAUAAUCCCAAGUGUCCCUACGAAGACACUGUCGAUCUGACGAAUAGCAAACGAUUUUACAAUGGUUCCUAUUUAUAUGAAAAUAUACUUAUACCUCCCGAUCGAAUCGCCACCUACGAUUAUGAAGAAAUUUUCCAAGGUAUUCGUUUGCCAAGAAAAUCACAUCUCCGUGGUUGUGUGUGUCACGAACGAAGUUGUGUACGAUUUUGUUGUCAUCCGACCAGAGAACUUAUUGCCAAUUACAGUCGUACAUGUUCCAGUGAAAUGUUGGUGCAGGAAUUGGAAUAUGAUUCCUAUAUUAAUGUAACGCUUAAUAAUGGUUCGGUGGUAAAGAGGCAUGUGCUCGAAGAAUUCACAGUGCUGCAGGGGGUGCCAUGUGUGGGGGCCUAUGCUUUAGUACCGCAAGACGAUGAAGAAGAUAGUUGGGAAAUUUUUGAAAAUGGUACCCUACUACGACACUAUGAUAUGGUCCAACUGUCGCGACGGGAUUAUUGCCUAAUGCCAAUGGAAUUGGAAAGUGGUGAAUGGGUAUUGAAUCCCAUGAAUUGUCCAAUAUUGAAAGCCGCUUCACUCUCCCUGCAGAUCAAUAAUAUUGCCAUGGCCAUAUCGGUGCCAUUUAUCAUUCUAACAAUUAUGGUCUAUGCCUAUAUACCGGAGCUACUUAAUCUCCAUGGUAAAUGCCUGAUUUCAUAUCUCUCGCCAUUGGCCAUGGGUUAUUCGAUUUUAAGUACAAUUUCCUUGUCCGAAGUGGUGUUUCCCAAUCUGGUAUGCAGUUGCCUGGGUUAUGUUGCUUACUACUGUUUCAUGAGCGCCUUCUUUUGGCUCAGCGUCAUUAGUUUCGAUUUAUGGCAAAAUUUCCGCCUAACCGGUUCCAUGCGAUUUGGUCAACGCAAACGUUUCUGUUUGUAUUCCAUUUAUGCCUGGGGCAUUCCGGCAUGUUUGACACUUGCGGUUAUAGCCUUGCAGAAUUCCAACAUGGAUGAUUUGUAUAAACCGGGUAUUGGAGAUGAUUAUUGCUGGUUGAAAACAAAUGAUUGGUCGGCCAUGAUCUAUUUCUUUGGAAUCAAUUUGGUAAUUGUACUCAUCGACAUAAUCUUUUUCUCCAUGACCUAUUACAAAAUCACGGUGAUGCAAAGGGAUAUUAAUAAAAUCAUAAGGAAUGACACGAAUGAGGGACGACAUCAGCUGAGGACGCACAAGAAUAACUUUGGACUCUUUUUACGUUUAUUCCUGAUUAUGGGCGUCUCUUGGCUGCUGGACAUUGUUUCCUAUAUCGAAACUCUACUCUAUCCCGAUGACAUUAAUCCAUUGUAUUAUGUUUCGGAUUUUAUGAAUGCCAUAUUGGGUCUGUUGAUAUUUGUGUGUUUCGUUUUGAAACCCAAGGUCUUGUCGCUAAUCAAAAAGAGAUUAUUUGGUAAGCAAGAUGAAACUGACAACACCACCCAUUCUGACUGCGAGGAAGAGGAAAUCUCUUUGAAUGGUAUUGGCUCAGAUGUCAGCAAAGAAAGGAAGGAGCUCAACUGAGACCAAUGGUAAAAAGAACUGCAACAUCCCAACUCAGCCUAUCGAAAAUUCAAAUGAGUCCAAUACCAACACGCUA